GAGUUUUGGACCCCGGCGUGCAGCUGCGGGACGGGAGAUGCUCGGUCAGUCACCCUGUGGCCGCUGAGGCUCUCCUCUCACUUCCGCCGUGCCAGCCAGACCCGACCCGAGGUGCUUUUGGAAAAAAAAUCCCACAAUUUUGGUGUGAGAAAGGACAUGAGGAGACUACAGGCCUGGGAUCUUCCCGAUCAGAAUGAAACCCAUGUUGAAAGACUUUUCAAAUCUCUUGCUGGUGGUGCUCUGUGACUAUGUCCUUGGAGAAGCUGAAUACCUCCUCUUACAGGAGCCAGUCCAUGUGGCACUGAGCAACAGAACGGUGUCAGUGGGUUUCCACUACCUCAGUGACGUCAACGGGACCCCGAGGAAUGUGUCUGUCAUGCUGUGGGAGGCCAACACCAAUCGGACUCUUACCACUAAGUACCUCCUGACCAACCAGGCCCAAGGGACACUUCAUUUUGAAUGCUUCUACUUCAAGGAGGCUGGUGACUACUGGUUUGUAAUGAUCCCAGAAGUGACAGACAAUGGCACGCAAGUUCCCCUCUGGGAGAAAAGUGCCUUUCUGAAGGUAGAAUGGCCUGUCUUUCACAUCGAUUUAAAUAGGACCACCAGGGCAGCAGAAGGCACCUUCCAAGUGGGUGUUUUUACCACCCAACCGCUCUGCCUGUUUCCUGUGGACAAGCCAGACAUGCUGGUGGAUGUUAUUUUCACUGACCAUCUUCCGGAGGCAAGAACAAGUUUGGGACAGCCGCUGGAGAUCAGAGCCAGCAAAAGGACAAAACUCACUCAAGGUCAGUGGGUCGAGUUUGGCUGUGCACCCGUAGGGGUGGAAGCCUACGUUACAGUCAUGCUGAGGCUGUUGGGUCAAGACUCAGUCAUCGCUUCUACAGGACCAAUUGACCUGGCUCAAAAAUUUGGAUACAAAUUGAUGAUGGCACCGGAAGUCACGUGUGAGUCUGUGCUGGAGGUGAUGGUUCUGCCACCUCCUUGUGUCUUCGUCCAAGGAGUCCUGGCUGUUUACAAAAAGGCCCCCAAACACCUGGAGGAGAGGACUUUCCAGAUGGCUGAAAACAGGCUGCCCCUGGGAGAGAGGAGAACGGUGUUUAACUGCACUCUGUUUGACGUAGGGAAGAACAAAUACUGCUUUAACUUUGGAAUUGUGAAGAAAAGCCAUUUUUCUGCAAAGGAAUGCAUGCUAAUUCAGAGAAAUAUAGAAACUUGGGGACCAUGGCAGCCGUGGAGCCCGUGUAGCACCACGUGCGGGGAUGCUGUCCGAGAGCGUCGCCGCCUGUGUGUCACUUCUUUCCCCUCCAGACCCAGCUGCUCUGGAAUGUCCUCAGAGACCUCUCCAUGCUCCCUGGAGGAGUGUGCUGUUUUCCGGUCACCAGGCCCAUCGCCUAUUCCACCCCAGGACCCGGUGAAGUCCAACAACGUGGUUACCGUCACAGGGAUCUCCCUGUGCCUGUUCAUCAUCUUUGCCACGGUGCUCAUCACUCUCUGGAGAAGGUUCGGCCGAGCCCCCAAAUGCAGCACGCCCGCUCGCCACAACUCCAUCCAUUCCCCUGGCUUCCGGAAGAACUCGGAUGAGGAGAACAUCUGCGAGCUGAGUGAGCCUCGUGGAAGCUUCUCGGACGCGGGUGACGGACCUAGGGGAAGCCCAGGGGACACAGGCAUCCCAUUGACCUACAGGUGCAGUGCAUCAGCUCCUCCUGAGGAUGAGACCUCCGGCAGUGAGAGCUUCCAGUCCAACGCUCAGAAGAUCAUCCCACCCCUGUUUAGCUACCGCCUUGCCCAGCAGCAGUUGAAGGAGAUGAAGAAGAAAGGGCUGACCGAGACCACCAAAGUGUACCACGUGUCUCAGAGCCCCCUGACAGACACUGUAGUGGAUGCCACGGCCAGCCCCCCCUUAGACCUGGAAUGCCCCGAAGAGGCAGCAGCAAGUAAGUUCCGAAUCAAAUCUCCAUUUCUGGACCAGCCUGGGGCAGGUACUGGGGAAAGGCCCCCCUCCAGGCUGGAUGGCAUCGUGCCUCCGCCCGGCUGUGCGGUCAGCCCCAGCCAGACCCUGAUCCGCAAGUCGCAGAUGAGGUCGACUGGCGGUAGAGAUGGCUCGUCGGAGAGGUGCCACUCCAGAAGUUCCCUCUUCAGGAGGACUGCUAGUUUUCAUGAAACCAAGCAGUCUCGCCCUUUCCGGGAGAGGAGUUUGUCAGCCCUGACUCCCCGCCAGGUCCCCGCCUACAGUUCCAGGAUGCGGACCUGGGACCAGAUGGAGGAUAGGUGUCGGCCUCCCAGUCGAAGUACCCACCUGCUUCCAGAGAGACCAGAGCACUUCCAAGGGGCAGGUCGGACCAGCAGUCCUUUGGGUCCACUCUCCAAAUCCUACACUGUGGGGCAUCCCAGGAGGAAACCGGACCCGGGGGAUCGUCAGGCUGGAUUGGUGGCAGGAGCUGAGAAAAUGGAGCCUCACCGAGCUCACAGGGGACCGUCCCCCAGUCACAGGAGUGCCUCAAGGAAGCAGUCUUCCCCCAUUUUCCUCAAAGAUAGCUACCAGAAAGUCAGUCAGCUUAGCCCUUCUCACUUCAGAAAAGAUAAAUGCCAGAGCUUCCCCAUCCACCCCGAGUUCGCCUUCUAUGACAAUACCUCUUUCCGCCUCACCGAGGCUGAGCAGAGAAUGCUGGACCUCCCAGGAUACUUCGGCUCCAACGAAGAGGAUGAAACCACAAGUACACUUAGCGUGGAGAAGUUAGUGAUCUAGGCUAGGAAGCAGGGCUCACCCAGGGUCCUACACCCUGCUGGCAAUAUCCCCUGCUCACAUACUUUCUGUUGGCUGCAUUGUACAACCGUGGGAAUUAGUUCACCCAGAUGAUGUGUGUGUGUGUGUGUGUGU